CCUAGAAAAUAUUUAUGGAUUAUUUGGAGAUGAAUUAGUUGAUGCUGAACGUAAGUUAGAUACAGUUGACUUUGAAGAUUUUCAUAAAUCAUUAUGUGCAGGAGUAGAAGGUAGAGAAAAUGGACCAGAAUUCGCACAUGCUUUUUUGAGUGUAUUUUUUAAAAAAAAUUCUUUCAAGGUUCCUACUUUAAAAGAAAUUUCAUAUAUUAAACUUUUGGAAGAAGAUUUAUCUAACGG